GUAUCUUCGUAAUUCCUCAUCUAUAUAAAGACAUAUGUCGUAGAUUUAAUAAUUAACAAAAAAAAAAUAUCUAAUCAUAACAUAACACCUAAUAAUAUAUUAAUCCAUGAGAAUUACAAUUUUCUAUAUAUAAUGUCUUCACAAUACCGGCAAUUUCUGAAAAUAUUGGAAAAAUGGCCUUUGGAUAAAAAUAAGCAAGGACGAGAUAUAGCGGAACACUUAAGGUCUCUACUUCCCAUUCUACAACAACCAGAUAGAUCAACAACAGCUGAACAAAUGGAACAUAUAAACAAACAAAAUGAUGCUUUGAAUAGGCUUUCGAAAAAUAUAUAUUUUUCUACGUAUAAACGUGAACACCAUUCGACCGCAACUGGCCUUUCGGCUAACCAAUGCAGCCAGGUGCUAUCGUCAGAGUUCCUGCAAUACUUAAAAGAACAAAAAGAUUAAUUUGUAUACAAAUAUUUUAAUUUAUUAUUAUUGUAUUAUAACCGUUAGCCAAUGUGAAAAUAAAUAAUUUUGAACAAAA